AUGCCCAGCGACAAAGGAUUCUCCGGCGAGGAGAUGUCGCCCGAGACGGCGGCGCUCGAUGCGACACCACCCAAGCCCGAGGGUCGUAUCGUGAGCAAGCGCAUGAUCCCCGCCACCGAGGCGGACACGGCGCACACGCGCAAGAUCCUGCUCCGUAUGCCGUUCGCAGGCGACAUGUUUGCGCCGCAUGUCCGCGCGAUCGAGGCCGAGCCGAUCCCACCCAUUAACUCGAGGGGUGGGCGGGACGUCGAGGGUUGGACGGCGGUAUAUGAGGCCAUCGUGCAGCCUUGCUGGGUUAAUGGGAGUGGAGGGUUGCAUGGGGCGGCGGCGGCGUGGCUCGUUGAUAUGUGUACGGGAACGAGCUUUAGUCGGCUGCGUACCAAGACUUGGAACCCGGGAGGUCCGUCGAUCGCGAUUGAUAUGUCGUAUUACAACCCGGCGCCAGCUGGCACCCGACUGCGCGUCACAACGGUUAUCGACCGCAUGGGCGGGCAGCUGUCGACAGCGCGCUGCCUGAUGAACGAGUGGGAGUCGGGACUGGCCAUCUGUUCGGGGAUGCACACGACGUUCAAGCGUCCCAGGAAGAAGGCGCUGGGGUCCGAUGGCCAGGCGGGAGCCGUGGAGGCGAAACUCUGA